AUGGAUGUGGAACGACUAAUAGAGGGAGUUCGUAAGUUUCCUGUUCUUUACGAUCAGGGAAGUGAAAAUUACAGGAAUAUCGAGUACAAAGACAGAGUUUGGAAGACAAUUGCAACAGAUCUACAAGCCAAAGGUGGAAUAGAGGAAUGCAAAAAAAAAUGGGCAUCUGUUCGUGACCAACUAAGGAAGACCUUGCAGAAAAGGAAAACUGUUUCAGGACAAGCUGCUGUUCAUCAACAUAAAUACAAGUAUGAAGAUCUCUUAACGUUCCUGCUACCUUACAUGGUAGAACGAGAAACAGUUUCCAAUGUUCCUUACACGCAAGACAAUAAUGAGCAUAAACAAGACUCAAAUACAGAUUCCCAAGAGGAGCAGUCGAUUGUUGAAAACGAAAAAGUGUCUACACAAGAAGACAUUGCAGAUGAAGAAUGGAUCAUUAAAACCCAGGAUAGUGAAACAGAGAAUUUGAUAGAGCGCACUCGGCAUUCCCAGACGCCCUCAGCUCAUUCGUCCGUCACUUCAAAGAAGAACACGUUUGUGAAACCACCACUGAAAUGA